CCGCCCAAUGGAGAGAGGGGCUCGAGCACCCGCCGGGCCCCCUCCAGGCCGCUCAGAGCUUGGCGGCCAGAGCAAGGGGCGGAGUCCGAAGACGGGCUAGCCGCCUGAGAGCGGAACCAAAAGAUUGGGUCACAGUCUCCCCGACCAUGACUUCCAUCGGCCAGGAUUCCGUCAGGCAGCGAAGGAGUAGGCACAACCCCCACUCGCCCCCCAACGUCUCCGACUCCAGCGUCACCACUGCGAAGCGAGGUGUUAAGAAGGGCGCUGGAUUCCUCUCCAGCCCCAGUCUAGCGGAGGUAAAGAAGAAAGGCAGAAUGAAGAAGCUCAGCCCAACAGCCGAGCGAGACCUAAUGAUGGGGCUUCAAGGGCUGGAUCUGAACCUUGAGGCCAGGGCAGUGUCUGGCACGGGCUUGGUGUUGGAUGAGCAGCUAAAUGAAUUCCACUGCCUCUGGGAUGACAGCUUCCCAGAAGGCCCUGAGCGCCUCCACACCAUCAAGGAGCUGCUGACCCGGGAGGGCCUCCUGGAGCGCUGUGUGUCCUUUCAGGCCCGGAUUGCCACAAAAGAGGAGCUGAUGUUGGUUCACAGCCUAAAGUACAUUGAUCUGAUGGAGGCAACCCAGAACAUGAAUGAGGCAGAACUCCGCAUCCUAGCAGACACCUAUGACUCAGUUUAUCUGCAUCCAAAUUCAUACACCUGUGCCUGCCUGGCCUCAGGCUCUAUUCUAAGACUGGUGGAUGCGGUCCUGGGGGCUGAGGUCCGGAAUGGCAUGGCCAUCAUCAGGCCUCCUGGACACCACGCCCAGUGCGAUCUUAUGGCUGGAUAUUGUAUGUUCAACCACGUGGCCAUGGCUGCCCGCUACGCUCAGCAGAAACAUGAUAUUCAGAGAGUCCUUGUCGUGGAUUGGGACGUACACCAUGGUCAGGGAACCCAGUUCACCUUUGACCAGGACCCCAGCGUCCUCUAUUUCUCCAUCCACCGCUAUGACCAUGGCCAAUUCUGGCCCCACCUUAAGGCCUCUAACUGGUCCGCCACAGGCAUCGGCCAAGGCCAAGGAUACACCAUCAAUGUGCCUUGGAACCAGGUGGGAAUGCGGGAUGCUGACUACAUUGCUGCUUUCCUGCACAUCCUGCUGCCAGUCGCCUUUGAGUUCCAGCCUCAGUUGGUCCUGGUGUCUGCUGGAUUCGAUGCCCUCCAAGGGGAUCCCGAGGGUGAGAUGGCGGCCACUCCAGCAGGGUUCGCCCAGCUUACCCACCUGCUCAUGGGUCUGGCAGGAGGAAAGCUGAUCUUAUCUCUGGAGGGUGGCUACAAUCUCCGCUCCCUGGCUGAGGGUGUCAGCGCCUCACUCCACACCCUUCUGGGAGACCCUUGCCCCAUGCUGGAGUUCCCCAGUGCCCCCUGCUUGAGUGCCCAGGCUUCGCUCUCCUGCGUUCUGGUCGCCUUGGAGCCCUUCUGGGAAGUCCUUAUGAAAUCUGCUGAGACCCUCGAAGAGGACAAGGUGGAGGAGACCAAGGAGGAGGGGCCGUUGGAGCUUCCUGCGCCCCCAGCCCUGGCGUGGCCAGUGCUGCCUGCUCGCACAGGGCUGGUCUAUGACCAACGUAUGACGAGCCACUACAAUCUAUGGGACAGCCACCACCCCGAGAUGCCCCAACGCAUCCUGCGCAUUGUGCACCGCCUGGAGGAGCUGGGUCUGGCCGGGCGCUGCCUCACCCUGCCUGCGCGUCCCGCCACCGAAGCUGAGCUCCUCUACUGCCAUAGUGCCCAGUACGUGAGUCGACUCCGGGCCACCGAGAACAUGAAAAUCCGGGAGCUGCACCACGAGGGCUCCAACUUUGACUCCAUCUACAUCUGCCCGGACACCUUCGCUUGCGCGCAGCUGGCCACGGGCGCCGUCUGCCACUUAGUGGAGGCUGUGCUCGCUGGGGAGGUAUUGAAUGGCGUUGCCGUGGUGCGGCCCCCCGGACACCACGCAGAGCCGGAGGCCGCCUGUGGUUUCUGUUUUUUCAACACUGUGGCUGUGGCCGCUCGCCAUGCCCAGGCCAUCAGUGGGCAUGCCCUGCGGAUCCUGAUUGUGGACUGGGACAUCCAUCACGGGAAUGGGACUCAGCACAUAUUUGAGGAGGACCCCAGCGUGCUAUACAUAUCCCUGCACCGCUAUGAUCACGGGGCCUUCUUCCCCAUGGGGAAUGAGGGUGCCAGCAGCCAGAUGGGCCGGGCCGCAGGCACAGGCUUUACUGUCAACGUGGCCUGGAAUGGGCCCCACGUGGGUGACACUGACUACCUGACUGCCUGGCAUCGUGUGGUGCUUCCCAUCGCCUAUGAGUUUAACCCAGAACUGGUGCUGGUCUCAGCUGGUUUUGACGCUGCACGAGGGGACCCCCUGGGGGGCUGCCUGGUGUCACCCGAGGGCUAUGCCCACCUCACCCACCUGCUGAUGGGCCUUGCCAAUGGCCGCAUUAUCCUAAUCCUAGAGGGUGGCUAUAACCUGGCAUCCAUCUCCGAGUCCAUGGCUGCCUGCACCCGCUCCCUCCUUGGGGAUCCACCACCCCCACUGGUCCCGUCGCGCCCCCCGCUAGCAGGGGCCCUGGCCUCAAUCACUGAGACCAUCCAUGUCCAUCGCAGGUACUGGCACAGCUUACAGACCAUGAUUCCACAGGUAGAAGACAAGGAGGGAUCCUCUGAUUCUGAGCCAGUCAUCGAGGAGGCACCCCAACCAGCCAAUCCGGAGUUGGCCGAGGGGAUGACCAUUUCAGAAGGGAACAUACCAGAAGCAGAUGUGGGGAAGGCCAUCUCAGCAUCCUCCAUGGAAGAGUCCACCCCAGACCAGACUAAGUCAGAGACAACUGUAGUGGAGUUCCCUCGGGACCAGUCCUUGGAGACAGCCACAGGGGGAGCCUUGCUGGACCAGACCACCUCAGGGGUGGCUGUGGGGGAAGCCAAGCUGAUCCAAACCCCUCUUGACUCAUGUACUGACAACCAGACACCCCCAGCCUCACCACUGCAGGAAGCCACCCCACAGAUAUCCCCCAGUAAGCUGAUUGGGAGUCUCAAAACCUUGGAACUAAACAACAGCACUCAGUGUGUUCAGGAGGCCCCAGGUUCUCAGACCCCAGAAGAGGAGACGCUACUAGGAGAAGCAGCUGGAGGUCAGGAGGUGGCAGAGUUGAUACUGAUGCAAGACUUUGAGGACCAUCCUGACAGUGAUGAGGACACGUUUUAUGCUGUGACACCAUUGCCCUGGUGUCCCCAUUUGGUGGCAGUAUGCCCCAUACCUGCAACAGGCCUGGAUGUGACCCAACCUUGUCAGGACUGUGGAACACUCCAGGAGAAUUGGGUGUGUCUGUCUUGCUAUCAGGUCCACUGUGGUCGUUACAUCAAUGCCCAUAUGAUGCAACACCAUGAAGACUCAGGACACCCACUGGUUCUCAGCUACGCUGACCUGUCUGCCUGGUGUUAUCACUGUCGGGCCUAUAUCCACCACCAGGCUCUCCUAGAUGCGAAGAACGUUGCCUACCAGAACAAGUUUGGGGAGGACAUGCCCCACCCACGCUAAAUACCAGAACACGCUCCCGCUUUUCUACCUUCUGAGGCCCAAGACAGACCAGCCUUAGUUCUUUCCAGCCUGUUCCUUGGCUGAAGGGUAGCCUUUCCAUUCAAGCCUAUCCCAAAUACCUUUUACAACCCCCCCCCCACAGGGCACUUAUUUAAGUGUAAAUACCUUUAAGAAGACUACAAUGAAAGCUCCCCCUUCCCACUGCCUGUUUGAGGGACUCUACUGCCCCUCAUAGGGAAAGGAUAUGUGUAGUUCAAUGCCUCCAAGAGGGUACCAAUAUGAAGAUGACAUGAGGGGGGGCUGGUGGCAGAUAUGGUGGGGUUGCAUAUGUAAUAAAGUGUAAGCUGUUACAACACCUGGAGAAAGCAUUUAACCCUUGAAUGGGUGGAGAAUCCCACACCCCUGGCCAGCUGGGCAGAUGAGUAAUGUAGGGAUGAAGGGGUGGGUCUUUAUCAGAACCCUCCAUUGCCCCCAAAAAUCUAACUGAAAAUAAAGCAAGCAGCUUGCCUGGCUCCACUAGAGA